CCCGAACGCCCGUCCGUGGCUGGCGCAAAACCGAACAUCGGUUUGAUCUUCACCUGCUAUGAGCCCCCCUUCCGUGCCCCUCCGCGGGGUCGAGCUGUUCGAGUUCGAGACAUCAACAUCCAAUGCUCGCCUGACUAGCAUUGUCCUGUCAUGCCACAGAUUGAUCGAAAACCGCUCGCCCGUGGACAUAUUCUGUCUAGGCCCCGGUAUUAUCUCGCGUUGUGCUGUGCUGUGCUGUACUUGGUCGUGUAUGUAGCGAAUUCGAGAGCAAGGAUGUCAUCCAGACUCUUGCUGAUAUACGGUGCAACAAGGAUGAGCUGGCCGCAGGUCGAACAGAAACGCCAAGGAGCUCAGGAUCGCCGUGGCCUGCAGCGCUGACAGAAACGUUUCUCGAAUUGGUGGACCCCUUCUCCUCACUGCUUCCCAAAGCCGUCCAAGCACCCAAGGUCUUGUUUCCAGGGUUGGGUUGUGUUGUGUUCGAUGUCCCGGCUCCGAAGGAGCCCAAGACCUACCGCCACGAAAGGGUGUGGUCUCUCGAAGCUUUCCAUUGUGGAGGACUCGUCGAAUGUAUAAAAGGAAGUUAUUUUUCCCUCGUGAAUGAUGUCGACAAUUCUUCCUCCCAAAGAUAAAAGCACAAACGCCAAUCUUCGGAAAGUCUCUCCUCAACGUCUCAAAACCGUAGCCUGAGUCGUGGCCGCAGCCAAUUCACCAUCGGAAACUCCCAUCCCACGGUUUCGGACACCUCUCCCCGCUCAUCCGGUCUGGAUCCAGGUUCGGUACCUCGAUAGGGUAAGUGACGUCGUCGGAAAUAUGUAAGCGCCUCAAGUGGUGUUCGGAGGUCGCCAGCUAAAACUUGAUGCGCCACCAGAUACCCCGCCCCCUCCAUCGACAGAAACAAAAAGGGCCUGCUCCCGUCUGGUGUUUGUCCGCUUGGAAGUUUUGCUGCACUGCACUGUCUUUCAACGACUUCAAAUCUGUUGUUGUUCUCGAAGGAUUCCAACCCAUUUUCAACGUACCUCUCCGACUUUGCUUCAUAUAUCCAACAUGCCUCUUACGGGACACUGCCUCUGCAAGGCCGUCACCUACAAGGUGGACGUCGACGCCCCUCUCAUUACCGGUUACGAUCACUGCGACGAUUGCCAGCGCCAGAGUGGCUCGACAUACUCCCUCGUCGCCGUGGUCCCCAAGGAUAAGCUUACCAUCAACGGGCCUACAAAGAGCUGGGCGGGCAAGGGCUCAUCGGGCAAGGAUGUCCACCGCAUCUUCUGCUCCGAGUGUGGCUCGCCAAUUGCUCACGACCCCGAUGCGGCCCCAGAGAUCAUCGCCCUCAAGGCUGGUACCCUCGAUACCGAGAUCAAGAAGAACUUGAAGCCGGACACCGAGAUUUGGACUGUCGGCAAGCUGCCCUUCUGCCAGGAGAACUUGGCAAAGCCCUUCAAGCACAUGCCCGAGUAAAUUCAGACUUAUGGGAUAUCGAAUGGAGUUGCAGAUGCAUGCAGGAUGGGAUAUACCCCUAGGUCCUUGGAUGAAGGGUCUGAGACCCAACUUAUAUGCUGCGCGAUGGAGGGGACAAGAGUAGCAUGGACGAGUCGGAUGUGGGGAGUUUGUGGGUGUGGUGAGUUGGCGUGAGAACCUGGAGGGUUAUGAUGGCAUCGGGCUCGACUCGAUCUCUUUUUGACCCACGUCCGUCGUUACCCAAGUAUACCCAGCUAUUAGGUUAGCUCGGACGAAAGAUUUUGGAAGGACUCAUUAGAAAUUGAAUGCGAGGCCAUUGCUUUACAAGACAUAAUCGAUCCUUCCUCGCCGUCCAGGUGAGAUUCUCGUCCAAAAACGCCAUCACUGCAUCCCGAGUGUCAGAAACCAG